GUGUCUGGUGUGUCAGGUGUUUGCAGUGGUUGCGCUGAUAAAGGUGUUAAAGACAAACUUAAUUAACCUCUCAGCGUGUGCGCGUAAACUUAAAGAAAGUCAGUUCCUGUAAUCACAGACGUUGUAGGAUUUUGUGGUCAACAAUAGCGCGUUAUUCUUCUUCUGCUUUUGCUUCUUUUUCCUGUUUUUGCUGCGACGCUGCUGUUAGCUUAGCUGCCCGCUAACGGGGGCUAACGAGCUGCUGUUGUUUUCGUUGUUGGUGUUUUUGUGGUUUUUACCUGGAAAAAGGAGACAAACAUGACGCAGGUCAGCGGUUUUCGGUCAUGGUGUCUCGGAGUAACGUUGCCCCUCAUUUUGGCUGCUGCCCUGCAUCAGGGUUUCGCCACAGUUGCCCCGCCAACUGCCCAAACCACAGUUGCCCCGCAGAAAGACCCCGAACGACCCGACAGAGGAACGUACCGGCUCAACGGCACCAACGGCACCGCUUGUUUGCUGGCAAACAUGGGACUCCAGCUCAACAUGUCCUUCGUCUUCCAGGAAAAGGUUGUGGAGUAUGUUGUGAACAUUCAGCCCAAUGUGACAAAAGCCUCUGGCUCGUGUGAGCAGGAGCGCGCCGUCCUGCUGCUCACAACAGAUGGAGAGAAGACCAACCUCAGCUUCGUCUUCAUUCUGAAUAGUACGUCAACCAAGUACCACCUGAGUGAGGUGUCUCUGAACGCCACCUUGCCAGACGUGAAGGACCCGCUCAGUGUCCGGAACAGCAGUGUGGACUUCCUGCCGGGAACCAUGGGACACUCGUACAUGUGCCGUGAGCAGCAAACGAUGAUCGUCUCCCAGAACUUCUCCAUCAACGCCUUCCAGGUGCAGGUGCAGCCCUUCGGCCUGAAGGGGGACCAGUUCGGAGCAGCGGAGGAGUGCCAGCUGGAUGAAGACGACAUGUUGAUCCCCAUCAUCGUUGGAGCAGCUUUAGCGGGUCUCGUGCUCGUCGUGCUCCUCGCCUACCUCAUCGGCAGGAAGAGGAGCCACGCCGGCUACCAGACCAUCUGAGGCCGGCGCGUCGCGAGCGCUUGGCAGGAGCAGGAGCGUGCCAUCCAUCCCACCCUCGAAAUUAACCUCCGUUUUAACGAGACUCGCACUCAACCCUCUCCGCCCCUCGCCGUCUUUCGUUGCUCUGUGUGUUUGCUGUCCGCUGCCUUCAUCAGUAACACUCGUCAUUGUCACUUUGCGGAGGUAAACGUGCGCUUUCUGAGCUCUUUCAUGCAACAGGGACUCUGCUGGAGGUUGUGAUGAAAGGAGAAACUCCUCACUGGUACCGGCUGAACGCAGUGGAUGCAUGUCGAUCAGAGUCCACGAGAUUCCUCGCGCUGUGUUCUCGUAUUUAUGAUUUGUGUCAAAGGGAUUAUGAGGGAUUGUGGGAUUUGAUUGGACUGUUACUUUAACUUUUCUUCUCUUUUCUGAGUGACUUGUUUUCUUCUUUUUUAUUAUUAUUGGUCUCUUCCAGUAAUACGUUUGUUACAAAGGGAAUAUUUCUGCAAGUUACACUAAAUCCAUGAUGGAGGUCAAAUAUGUGACAUUGAUGUGUUUCUUAUUAUAGUCCUCCGGGUGGGUUCUGUUCUGACCCACUUCAGGGCUUUUGAUUGUUGAAGAGAGAUGCUGCACUGAAAUCCUGACAAUUACGUAAGAAUGAAACGGCCAAAACACUCGGGUCAGUGUUUGUCGGUGCCUUCCCAGGCGGAGAUGAAGGGACUGUCGGUACUCACUCCCUCCCUGACGCUGCGCUGCCUCGCCGGGGCGCCCUCAUGUACUGUACUACCAUUAAAAGAAAAAUACUACAUGUAUUUGUGUUUAGUUGCCCUUCCCUCAUCUUAACAUCUGGUUUAAUAAUAUUUUAAUUGAUUUCUUUGGGUUGUUUUUUUUUAAGAUGUCAAUAAAGGCUCAUGAACAAG